CGUCCCUCCUCUACAAACUCGUCUUCAGCGGCACGACUGUGCUCGUCUGCUUUGCCGCCUUCAUUGCGACGUUUUUCUUCUUCCGCCUCGUUUGCCUGCCAUCCCUCGCGUUGGCAACGGUGGGGCUUGCGGUGAAGCUGCGUGCGUGUACUGUAACCAGUUGGGUGUUGGUGUUUCUCCUGCAGGUGGUGCUGCAGGGGCUGCACGUGUACUGGUUUGCGCUGAUUGUGAGGCUGGCGGUUCGGACGAUUUUUGGUGGCCCGCUUGCGGACAUCCGUUCCGACGACGACGAAGACGACGAGUAUGGCGCAUUGUGCCCAGAAAUGUAA